AUGGAAUACGACAAUUACGGAGAAGGCGGCUUCAACGUGGAUGCCCAGUACUCAGACUACAAUAACUCUCAACGUCAGCAAACUAGAUCCUCGCUAAGUCCUGUUACAAUCAAGGAGAUCAAUGAGGCUACUCAACCCGUUCCUGAUGGCGAAUUCAUGAUACACAAUGUGGCGUUGAAUAUGGUGUCAUUCAUUGGUAUUAUAAGAAAGGUUGAUAACAACAGUAGUGCAGUCACAAUAACAAUUGAGGAUGGUACAGGGUCGAUGGAAGUGAGGAAGUGGAUCGACGAGAAGGUCUCUACUGCCGCAGAGGAAGCUGAAAAGUUCCAGGCCUUGGAAAACAAAUACGUCUACGUCACAGGUGGAUUGAAGGAGUUCAACCUGAAAAAGAGUAUUCAACACGCAAACAUUCGAGAAAUAACUGACCACAAUGAGGUUGCUUACCACAUGUUGUAUGCCAUUUCUAACUAUUUGGAAGCACAGGGUAUAUUAAACAAGGCUCCAAAGAAAGAGGAAAACGGCCUCUUUGUAAAAGAUAAUGACCUCUCCACAAGUGGAGGAACGGAUGUUACGAGACGGAUCGAAAAAGUCAUCGAUGAUAAUACGGGGUCCAUGCAAGAGGGCGUUCCAAUUUCUUGGAUUAGUGAAACCUUGGGUCUUCCCAUCGAUGUAGUCAGAGACCAGUGUCAGCACUUGUCGGAGCAAGGUAAAAUCUACCAGGGAUAUGAUGAAGGUUCGUUCUUGAGUGUCAAUGCAUAA